CCAACGGUACCGGCAUAUGAGCCGCUCCUCUUUUCUCUGCACAUACUAAACCAGGCUGGACGUCCAGUGCAUGUUCAAAACAAAACCUUCAGAACACAGAACGCUUAAUAUACACAUCCAAUACUUGAAGAUUCAGAAAGUUUAAUGUCGGGCAUUAAUAGGCAGAUAAAUCAUAUGAUGGAGACGGAGAUCCACGUGCCGGUAGGCUCACCGACGAUAAGAAAAUUUCAGAUAUUCGUUGACGAGCACAAUGUGACGGAAGGGGCGAUGAAGCUGAUUAAAGAGCUCAGACCGGGCUGGGACCCGAACCUGAUCCGCACUAAGCUUUUCACAGAUGGCACCACCAACAAGCUGGUGGGCUGUUAUGUGGAGGAUUGCGUAGAGGACGUGGUUCUGGUCCGGGUGUACGGCAACAAGACAGAGCUGAUCGUGGACCGGGAUAAUGAACUGAAGAGCUUUCAGGUUCUGCACGCCAACGGUUGUGCACCCAGACUUUACUGCACCUUCCAGAAUGGCAUCUGCUACGAGUUCAUGCAAGGACGUGCUCUGGAUACCCAAGACGUCAGGGACCCCGUGCUGCUCAGACUGAUCGCCCGUGAAAUGGCUCGCAUUCACGCCAUCCAUGCACACAACGGAUGCAUCCCCAAACCCAACCUGUGGAUCAAAAUGCGCAAGUACUUCUCACUAGUGGCCACAGAGUUCACAGAGCAAGCCUCCAACAUCAGAAUUCAGCAGGAAGUGCCCAGCCAGGAAGUGCUGGAGCAGGAAAUGAUGUGGAUGAAGGAGCACCUGUCUCAGCUGGGCUCUCCUGUAGUGCUCUGUCACAAUGACCUGCUCUGCAAGAACAUCAUUCACAAUGCAAAAGAAGGUCAUGUUCGAUUCAUCGAUUAUGAAUACUCAAGUUACAAUUACCAAGCAUUUGACAUUGGAAACCAUUUCAAUGAAUUUGCAGGAAUGAGUGAACCAGACUAUAACCUGUACCCCAGUCGAGAGAUGCAGCUGGACUGGUUGCAAACGUACCUUCAGGCCUACAAGCUCUUCACCAAGAAAGGUGAAGAGGUGAGCGAGCGUGAACUGGAGACGCUCUACGUACAAGUCAACAAAUUUGCUCUGGCUUCUCAUUUCUUCUGGGGUUUCUGGGCCCUGAUCCAGGCCAAGUACUCCACCAUCGAGUUUGACUUCCUCGGCUAUGCAGUGCUACGAUUCAAUCAGUACUUCAAGACCAAACCUGCAGUAAUGGCCCUGGAGAUUCCCAAAUGAUUCUUCAAGACUGAGAGGACAUCGCUGCUAUCGGUUGGCCUCAUCUUUGACCAUCUGACCACUGAUUCAGAGGCUUUUCCGGUCAGGGGAGGGAAUAGGGUACUAUAGGGGGUGAGCACUAAGACCUCUUUUGAUUGGUUGGCAACUUGUCUACCAAAUCAUACCUCCACAAAUUCUUGAUUCCUUCUCAUUUCUCUUUGGGAUUUCACUCCUAGUUGAUCAAGUUUCCCAAGAAGUGAGUGCAUUUUUAUGUUUUAAAUACAAUUUAUUUAUUAACUGUUAUGGGGCACUUAAUUUGCACCAAAGUAGUCUGUUCUUGAAGCCGACUAUGGGAUUUCUUUUGUCAUAGGUUUUGCAGUGUGAGAGCUAUAGCAAACUUAUGCAGAAUGAUUUGCUGUGAAGGAGGCCUGUAGUGAUGUUUAUGUUGAUACUGCAGGUGAAAAUCUCGGCCUGUGGCUUCAUAAUGCUUUUGUCAAACGGAUGUGGCCCACCGCUUCCUAUUGCAAUGACCAAAACUCCCUUAAGAGGAACACUCCUUCUUUUGUAAAUAGGCUAAUUUUAUUAGUCCUCUAGAGUUAAACAGCUUUACCAUUUUUAAUGCAUUCAUCCGAUCUCCGGUAGCACUUUUAGCUUAGCUUAGCAUAAAUCAUUGGAUCUGAUUAGACCAUUAGCAUCUCGCCCCAAAACGAAAGGUUUUUGAUUGUUUUCCUAUUUAAAGCUUGACUCUUCUGUAGUUAGAUCGUGUACUGAGACCAACAGAAAUUAAAAGGUUGCUAUUUUUUAUAUUUUCAGGUGCUGAUUAAUAGCAUUGCACCUGCUGCUGCCAUGUUACAGCGUCAAAAUAUAGUUCCUAGAAAUAUUGACUUGGAAAAUGGCAAGCUUUUUAUUUUUCUGUUGGUCUUCUGUACAGAAGUUAAGAUUUAAAUGGGAACAUUAUCAAUGACAUUUUUUAAAUGCUAAUGGUCUAAUCUGAUUUAAUGAUUUAUGCUAAGCUAAGCUAAAAGAGCUCCCGCUAGUCCCAGAGAUUGACUUCAUGGAUUUAAAAUUGGUAAAACUCAACUGUUUAACUCUGUUAGUGACUUGUAAAAUAAGCCUUUUUCCAAAAACGUGACAUGUUCCUGCUUUUCGAUUUCUCUCACAGCUCUGUAAUCUAAAGUUUCUAAUACAAAGUGUCCAGUUUAGAGCCAAUCAGUGGUAACUCAAGAACUAGAAAGAUACUAUGGUCAAAAUCCUGCACUAUUACGCACUUGAGCAAAUGACUAUUAGUCCACUGUAAGCCACUUUGGAUGAACGGCAAGUAACCAAGUAACCAUUUAAUCUGACCUCCCUCCCAACAUUCCCAAGAUGUCGAGACCCUAGAGCAUCUAGGACCAUGUUUCCGCCUGUUUAGCCUUUAUGGUUGCGACUUUUGUUGAAUUUUCCACUCAUCACACACAGGCUGCGGAACAUUACCACCUGCUUCAUCUCUCACUCUUGACCUGAAUGCGUCUGCAUCACCUGGCAGAGCUUAAACAGAGAUUUGAAAGUUA